AUGUCACAUUCACAAAUGAACGAUUUAAAGAAGCAAUCCACUCAUUGGCGAGUCACUUGUGAUUUUCAAGCCAAGCCUGUUGAUAUUUACCGAGAUUAUUCAGUUGCAAGGUUCAAGAAUUUCGAUGUGAUGACCUUCGAAGGUGGUAACGUAUGCAAAUUAAUGAAAUACAUUAAUGUUCGCGGUCAUCAGUGUGCCGAGUGUACGGCAGGUUGGUAUGCAUACGUCAACAGGGAAAGUAUGCAUCUUGAUAGCACAUCGACAGCUUGUCAGUUCACACCGGGAGGAGGAGCUGUGCUCAGUGAAGAUAAUUUUGGUCUUUACUCGUACACCAACAAGAAGUUUCGUUGUACAUCUUCGCCUGAUGCAACAACCAACUUCUGGUUUGGUGGUUAUUAA